AUGACUGGUUUGAGUGCACAAGGAUCACAAUCUGAUAAUAAUUAUAGAUUUUACUCAAAGAUGAAUAAUUUGCUUCAAGCUGAUGAUGGAGAGUUCUUCACAGAUAAUGAUGAGCUUUAUGUUAGUAGUCUUCAGCAGUGUCUUUUCGAAGCCGGGUUCGAGAAGCCACGUGGGAUUGAGCAAAGAGGAGGCACAGGUGGUGCCACGUCAUUAUUCAGUCGGAUCCUAGAGCAGAUGAAGAAGUUUACCGGAACAGUCGGUGAUUACCUUAGCGAUAAUCUUCCAGCUUGUUUUGGUGGGACCCACUUUAGCGACGAUCAUUAG